AUGAUCAAGGCAUUGUAUGAGGAUUUCACAGUACAGGUGAUACCGGUACAUGAAUCAUCAUUCACCAAUCCUUUCCAUGUAAAUACUGGUGUGAACCAAGGCUGCCUACUCUCCCCAUCACUAUUCUUGAUAGCUAUAGACUGGGUAACAAAGCAAGCACUAGACACUACACCAAGAGGUAUACAGUGGAACUUCGCACUAAGGCUAGAAGACCUAGAUUUUUCAGAUGAUCUGGCUCUGUUAUCUCACCGUUUGAAAGACAUGAGAGACAAAACCACCGAACUCCAUAAAACAGGAAAAAAACUAGGGCUUAAAUCAACAUCAAGAAGACAAAAAUUAUGA